UUUAGUCAUCACUAAGUUUUAUUUUGCGUCGUUUUUACUGCACACAGCGCUUUCGUAUUUUUGUUUUCUUCGUGUUGUUUUUUAAUUGUCCUAGAUAAAUGUAACGCUGCCACUUAUUUACACACAUUUAAUACUUUGGCUUAUUAAAAAUUUAUAGCAUAUUUGCUUACUAGUCCUGCUACUGCUGCACACGCGCACAGAUAACUUCAAGUAUUUCUCAAGGAUUUCUAGGACAACAACAACGAAGACUAACAGAAAGCAACACAAAAAUGUCUGUGGCAGGCUUUAGGCAGAGCCUCUUGCUCUGGAGUGUUGACUACUGGAACCUUGAAGCUGUUAUGGCGGACAAUGUGUUCAAGUCGCACGAUAUUGGGUUACGCGCUCAAAAGAAAAUACUCUCACGCAUGGCAACAAAAAAUAUAGCGAAAACCUUUAUCGACGGCACAACGGCUUCUUUGUUGGAUAAUCUCUAUAAGCUUUGCAAGCUGCAUACGGGCAAUAAGGCGCGCGCCGAAAAGUUAAUUAAAAACAUAAUUAAAAUAGUUAUCAAAAUUGGUGUCCUGCAUCGAAAUAAUCAAUUUAACCAAGAGGAAUUGCAAAAUGCCGAGAACUUUAAGCGAAAAUUUCAAAACACACAACUGUCCAUUAUAUCUUUCUACGAGGUGGACUUCACUUUCGAUUUGGCAUAUUUGCAAAAGUCUAUAAAGGAAUCGCAAGUGGCGCUUAAGUCAAUAGUUCAGUCACAUUUAACAGACAAAUCAAUAGGCCGCAUUGAUGAGGUAUUUGAUUUUUUUGCUGACGAGACUCUAUUGGAGCUGGCAUUCAAAACGGAUUCACCAUAUCGCGAGGUGAUGGGCAAAAUUGUGGCAGAUAUUAACUCAGCCAUGGAAACGGGUGAUAUAUGAGAUGGAGAAGCAAGAGUCAAACUGCAUUUGCUUUAGAAAGAAGGGGCUAUUAUCAAACCAAAAAAAAAACAACAACCAGAUACUAAUAGUUAGUUUAAAAGAACCUUCUAAGUCCACCAAUUAGAAAGUAAAA